AGCUAAGCCGUGGCCCUUGUCGGUGUUGCAGGAGGUGCCGGCGCCGCGCUGCCUGGCGACGGGUCCCCGGGGCGGCGCCAUGUGCGAGCAGGACUACGUGGACUACGAGAGCGAGGUGUCGACGCCGCCGCCACCGCAGCAGCAGCAGCACGGCCGCGUGUCCUCGUCGCGCACGCCCUCGCCCGCCUCGUGCUCGAGGGACACGCGCCUCGCGGACGCCAGGAUGCAGGAGGACGGCCCCGAGGACGAGGACGACGACGCCGAGCCCGAGGAUGAGCCUCGCGCGGAAGCCAGUCCCAGACCGAGCCCCUCGCCGCGCGUCGGCUCCUGCCUCGGUCCCUCGGUGAGUCCGAGGCCAGGCCCUAGUCCGUCGCGGCUGGGCGGGGCCAGCCCGGUCGCCCGCAGCCAGGGCGACGACGAUGUCGAGGAUGAGGAGGAGGAAGAAGAGGAGCACGACGAGGAGGACGUGAAGGCCGUGCUGAACGAGGUACAAGACCUGCGGCAGGCCGCCGAUCACCUCGAGAAGGAGCAGGAAAUGCAUCAGCACCGGAGAAGAAGUAAACAGAUGCGCGACGAGGACGAAGACGUGAAACCCGUGGUGGAUUCUAAAGCAGGAGUGUUGGCCGCCGGUCUCGCCAAUCUUCAGCACCUGCAAAGUUUGGCCGGCCUUCAGGGACUCCAGGGUCUCCCGGGAUUGCAAGGCCUUCAAGGCCUUCAGGGGCUGCAGGGCCUCUCCCAGAGCCUGCAGGGGCUGCCCAGCCUGCAAGCGCUCUCCGGCUUGCCGGGGCCGCCUCCACCCGCGCCGCCCGCGCCCGCGCCGCUCAACCUGAGCCUCAACGCGGCCGGCAGCGUCUCGGCCGCCCCAGGGCUCGGCGGCCUCGGUGGUCUCGGAGGACUGCUCCUGGGCGGCAACCACGCUGCGACGCACACCCCGGCCUCGGCGGCGGGCUCCACGACCUCGGCUGGACCGUCUCCGCCACAGCUCCCGCAGCUGAUCCUGGCGUCCGGCCAGCUGGUGCAGGGCAUUCAGGGCGCGCAAGUGCUCAUCCCCACCUCCCACGGGCUCGCCACCCAGACGGUGCUCACCAUCCCGAUGAACCACGUCAACUCGGGCCAGCUGGUCAACCUAGCGCUAAGCAACGGCCAGGUGGUGAGCACGACGCUGGCGCACCUGCACUCGCUGGCGGGGCAGCAGCAGGGCCUCCAGGGCCUGCCCGGACUCCAGGGCCUCCCCGGCCUCCCGGGCCUGCCGCAGGGCCUGCAGGGAAUGCCGCUCGCCAACGGACUGGGUGAGUACGCCUCGUGAUUCAACGUCGGGUGG